AUGUUCGUUCUCAAAUCUUUGUUAAACCAGGGUUCUGGCCGCCUAGGCACAAGAUACCAGAGAUUGGCAACUGGAAGUCAUCGCCUGAGGCCGUGCUGGCAAACUUAUGCACAAAACCGUCGCCUUCACCUAGACAGUUUCCUGCAGGGAAACUCCGCAGAUUAUAUGGACGAGAUGUAUGCGGAAUGGCGGAAGAACCCUGCUUCAGUUGAUACCUCAUGGAAAAGAUAUUUUGAGGCGAUAGAAGCCGGGAAGGAGCCACCUGGACAUCUACUUGAACCCCCCGGCAUAUACCGCUUAAAUACUGCUGCAAACGUUCUUCCCAUCCCCUCAGUAGGUGACGACCAAGCCAGAAUACAGCGGCUCGUUCGAGCAUUCCAAGACUUUGGUCACCGGGGAGCAAAGACAAAUCCCUUGGAUCUUCCAGAUAAGGCAUCGUCACCACCAGAACUGCGACCGGAUUUCUACGGCUUUACUGAAAACGACUUGGACCGAGAGUUUGCACUUGGACCCCAUGUUCUUCCUUACUUUAGAUCCGCAAACCGCCAACACAUGACCCUCCGCGAUAUUCUCAAUACAUGCGAAUCUAUUUAUUGUGGCGUUAUUGGAGCUGAAUAUUCACACGUCGCAACCCGUGAAGAGCGCGACUGGAUUUGCGAGCGAAUUGAAUCCCCCGAACAAUAUAAGUUCCCACCGGAAGAAAAGAAGAGAGUACUCGACCGGCUGGUGUGGUCUACAAAUUUUGAGAAGUUCCUCGCUGCCAAAUUCCCGAACGCAAAAAGGUUUGGACUGGAGGGUGUUGAGAGCCAACUUCCAGCAGUGAAGGCAGUGAUCGAUGCGUCCGCAGAGCAUGGCGUGCGCAAUAUUAUAUUUCCAUGCUGUCACCGUGGAAAAUUGAAUAUUCUGAGCAAUGUGACGCGAAAACCAAAUGAACUGAUCUUCAACGAGUUCUUGGGCGAAUUGAAAUCUCGACAUGAUAUUCCAGGGGAUGUCAAGUAUCAUCUGGGAAUGAACUACGAGCGUGAGACGCCAUCCGGAAAGAAGGUCAAUAUUUCUAUUCUCCCAAAUCCGUCCCACUUGGAAGCCCAGAAUCCCGUGGCACAGGGUAUGGCACGAGCUGUGCAGCAGCAGAAUGGAGAUGAUCGAGAAUCCACGAUGGUCUUCAAUAGCCAUACCGAUGCUGCAUUUUCUGGACAGGGGGUCAUCUACGAAACCUUAGGACUAUCUGGGUUGAAGUCGUAUGAGACUGGAGGGACAAUUCAUCUGAUCGUCAACAAUCAAGUGGGCUUCACCACAAAUCCGGAGGCUGCACGAACCUCAUCCAAUGUAUCUGACAUUGCGAAGAGCAUCGGCGCACCAGUUUUCCACGUCAAUGCAGAUGAUGUUGAAGCUGUUGUGUUUGUCUGUAAGCUUGCAGCAGAUUACCGUGCCAAAUUUGCAAAAGACUGCUUGGUCGACAUGAUCUGUUAUCGGAAGAAUGGGCACAAUGAGAUGGAUCAGCCGUCCUUUACUCAGCCUUUGAUGUAUCAGCAAAUUGCAAACAAGGUCACCCAAUUAGAGCUUUACACCACGAAGCUAGUGCAAGAAGGGGUGAUAACUCGUGAAGAAGUCAUACAGAUGGAAGCAGAGGUGUGGUCGAAACUGAGCGAGAGCCUUGCAAACAGCAAGGACCCACAGACCCUCGAUCGCGAGUAUCUAACAGCACCAUGGCAAGACCUGAAAAAGCCGAGUGAAGUGUCCCAAGAAGUCUACCCUGCCAAAUCAACCUCCAUUACCCAGGAUCUCGUCGAUACGGUUGCAAGUGAGAUAGGUGUCCACAAGCAACCAUUUAUCGUGCACAAAAGCUUGCAAAAGAUUCUUCAAAAGCGACAGCAAAGUCUAACAGACGGAAGAGAAAUUGACUGGGCUACAGCAGAGGCCUUGGCGAUGGGAAGCCUGUGUCUUGAAGGUCAUCAUGUGCGGAUUUCAGGCCAAGAUGUCGAGCGCGGUACAUUCUCCCAGCGUCACGCAGUGCUCCACGACCAAAAUAGCGGGUUAAUAGUCACUCCUCUCGACUCGCUCAGCCCUAGCCAAGCUCGAUUCACAGUCGGAAAUUCUUCUUUGAGUGAAUACGGCGUCAUGGGAUUCGACUACGGGUAUUCCUGCAUGCAUCCUAAUGCAUUGGUGAUGUGGGAGGCACAAUUUGGUGAUUUUGCAAACAACGCCCAAUGCAUAAUUGACCAGUUCAUUUCGUCUGCUGAAUCCAAAUGGUUACUGAGAUCUGGUAUUGUGUUAUCUCUACCUCAUGGGUUUGAUGGACAAGGAUCUGAGCAUUCCUCGGCUCGCAUGGAACGGUUCUUACAGCUGUGUAAUGAGGACUCUCGGUUCUUUCCAUCACCGGAGAAAUUAGAGAGACAGCAUCAAGAUACCAAUAUGCAAGUUGUCUAUAUGACCACUCCUGCAAAUAUGUUCCACGUGCUCAGACGACAGCUACAUCGCGAGUUCAGAAAGCCGCUGAUCAUGUUCUUCUCAAAAUCCCUUCUUCGACACCCGAUGGCGAAAUCUAGCAUUGGAGAUUUUAUCGGAGAAUCGAAGUUUCAGCCUCUGAUCCCAGACCCAGCUCAUGGAAAAUCCAUUUCGAAUCCCCCUGAUAUCAAACGAGUGAUAUACUGCACGGGACAAGUCUACAUGGUAUUGGCAAAGUAUCGUGAGACCCACGCCAUUACAGAUACAGCCAUAACCCGCAUCGAACAGCUCCAUCCAUUCCCUUGGGAGCAGGUAAAAGAGAAUCUUGGGCAGUACCCCAGUGCCACAGAUGUCGUAUGGUGCCAAGAGGAAUCCCUCAAUGAUGGUCCAUGGGCAUUUGCUCGAAGCCGACUCGAGACUAUCUUUGAUAUAACGGAGCAACAUAAGGGCCGCCGGCUACGUUUUGCAGGACGCGAAGCAACGGCUAGUGUGGCUACGGGAUUUGUCAAGGAACAUCAUGCGCAAGAAGCAGCUUUGGUGAGAGAUGCCUUCCAAUCUGGUUGA